GAAGAAGAAAAACUAAUCCAGCAGGAACUAACCAGUUUGAAAGCCACAGUUUCUGCCCCUGCCACAUCGCUCCGAAUGAUGAAGGAAUGUAUGGUGAGACUCAUCUAUUGUGAAAUGCUGGGAUAUGAGUCUUCCUUUGGAUACAUCCAUGCAAUCAAGCUAGCACAACAGGGAAAUCUUCUGGAAAAAAGAGUUGGUUACUUGGCAGUUUCUUUAUUUCUCCAUGAAAAUCAUGAACUGCUACUUCUACUUGUGAACACAGUUGUGAAGGACUUACAGAGCACUAAUCUAGUAGAGGUGUGCAUGGCGUUAACUGUUGUCAGCCAGAUCUUUCCACGGGAGAUGAUUCCAGCUGUGCUUCCCCUAAUAGAAGACAAAUUGCAGCAUUCUAAGGAAAUAAUACGAAGAAAAGCUGUUCAGGCUUUGUAUAAAUUCUAUCUCAUUGCUCCCAACCAAGUCCAGCACAUUCAUGAUAAGUUCCGAAAAGCCCUGUGUGACAGGGAUGUUGGAGUCAUGGCUGCUUCUUUGCAUAUUUAUCUUCAAAUGAUUAAGGAAAACUCAUCUGGAUACAAGGACUUGACAGGGAGUUUCGUAACCAUCCUGAAGCAGGUAGUGGGAGGAAAGCUCCCUGUUGACUUCAAUUAUCACAGUGUGCCAGCUCCGUGGUUACAAAUUCAACUUUUAAGAAUUUUGGGGCUACUAGGAAAAGACGAUCCAAGGACAAGUGAAUUGAUGUAUGAUAUUUUGGAUGAAUCUUUAAGAAGAGCAGAGAUAAAUCAUAAUAUUACUUAUGCCAUCUUGUUUGAAUGUGUCCAAACAAUAUAUACAAUUCACCCCAAGUCUGAACUACUUGAAAAGGCUGCCAAGUGCAUUGGAAAAUUUGUUUUGUCAUCCAAAAUUAAUCUGAAAUAUUUAGGUUUAAAGGCACUGACCUAUGUUAUCCAGCAGGAUCCUAAUCUGGCACUUCAGCACCAGAUGACAAUAAUUGAGUGCCUGGACCAUCCUGAUCCCAUUAUUAAAAGGGAGACUUUAGAGCUUCUGUAUAGAAUUACAAAUGGACAGAAUGUAGUUGUCAUAGUUCAGAAGAUGCUUGAUUACUUAAAGCAAAGCAAAGAAGAAUAUACCAUUAUCAGCUUAGCUGGCAAAGUAGCAGAACUAGCUGAGAAGUAUGCCCCUGACAACGAGUGGUUCAUCCAAACAAUGAACGCCGUGUUCUCAGUGGGAGGAGAUGUUGUGUAUCCUGAUAUCCCCAACAACUUCUUGAGGUUGCUGGCUGAAGGAUUUGAUGAUGGAAAAGAAGAUGAACAGCUACGGCUGUACGCUGUGCAGUCUUAUUUAGCUUUAUUGGAAGAGGAAGAUGCAUUCUAUCCACAGAAAUUUCUGCAAGUUAUGAGUUGGGUUUUGGGAGAAUACUCCUGCCUUGUUACAGAUGUUGAUCCAGAGAUUAUUUUGACACGACUCCACCGGUUACUGAAGAAGACUUUUGUUACUCCUGAAACAAAAGCUUGGAUUAUGUCUGCAGUCACCAAAAUAGCAUCACGCACCUCCUCUUCUAAAACAGUGGACAAAAUAAUCCAGGAAUUCAGCACCUCUCUAGAUACCUGUGUGAGGCAAUAUGCCUUUGAAUUAAAGCAUCUGUAUGAAGACAAAGUAUUGAUGAAAAACUUGCUCCCUUUUGAUGCUAGUUGCAAUGACCUAGUGGUGGAUGCUUCUUUAUCUUUUCUGGAUGGGUUUGUGGCUGAGGGACUUGGCCAUGGUGCAGCACCGUAUAAACCUCAUCAYCAGAGACAGGAGGAGAAACUUUCUCAGGAAAAAGCUUUGAAUUUUGAACCUUACGGAUUAUCAUUUGCUUCAAGUAUAUCUUCAUCUGGCUUGACUGGCAGACAGUCCCCCACUGGUUUAUCUUUUGGUUCGGACACAUCUGGUAAUAGUGCUGAGACAGGACAUAAAGAGACAAAUAGUCUGAAACUCGAUGGAGUAAGGAAACUCUGGGGAAAAGAAGGUUAUCUCCCCAAAAAGGAAAACAAAACAGGGAAAGAAGAUGAACCUCUGACUGUUCCUUGUGGCAGCUUAUUGGCAGGGCAUGUGUCUGAUCCGCCUGUGUCCCAGGCUGAUCAAGCUGCCAGCCUCACCGAGGAAGAAAAAGAGAAACAGCAGUUAGCAUCAACAUUGUUUGUUGGACUAGGGUCGAAUGCUGGUGUCAGUCUGAUGGGGAAGGCAGACAUGGCUACUCAGAAGUUCAAAAGAAAAUCAAAGAUGAAUGAAACUCAAAAUACUGAAGAGACACCAGACGACAUCCAAAAUAGUGCUGCUUUGGCCCUUGAUCCCUUGCUUGAUACACUACCUAGUAACCAGGAAAGCCAUGAGGGUGUUGAACAUGCAAGGUUAAGGGAAGCCCCUCWGUGUUCUUCAGAUACCGUGGAAGAUAAUGUAGCAUCUCAAAACCCUCAGUCCUUAAAGCAUGGGCCGGAGAACRAACUUCUAGGUAGUAGACUGUCAUCAUCCUCUCUGUUUGCUGAUAAUAUUGAGAUUUUUCAUCCUUUGCCAAAUGCUGAAUGUGAAAGUGCCAGUAAAACUCUGUUGGCCCCUUCCCUACCAGGAGAACUAGCAGAGCAGCCUCACUCUGAAGUAGUGGAACUUAGUCAGAAUGGUGAUCUAGCUCUGCAUUCAUGCAAGGUGUGGACAGAUGACUCUCUACUGCUUGCAAUGUUUAUUUCAAAUAAAAGCACUUCUGCACUUAAUACUGUGAACCUAGUGUUUGAAGAAGCAGAACAUUUUCAGAUUUUGGAGGGUCCAGCCUACCACUUCUCUGUGAUAGAAGCUCAGAGCGUGGAACAUUGCCAGCGAUGUGUGCAGAUGGACAAAAUCUGUACACAGGGAAUUCUUUCUGGCUCCAUUAGUUACCAGUCCGAGACAGAAACCCGUCUUCAGUUUUCAGUCAUUUUAUCAUUGUUGGACUUCAUCAGGCCAAUGGAAAUGACUACAGAAGACUUUGGGAAGUUGUGGCUGUCCCUCUCCAAUGAUGUGAAACAGAAUUUAAAAAUGUCAUCUUCUCAAGAUUCUUUUUCAGCAACUCUGAAUACACUGCAACAGAAGUUAAAGCUACAUAUAGUUGAUAUUAUAGGUAAUGAGGGAAUACUGGCAUGCCAGCUGCUUCCAUCCGUGCCCUGUCUGCUGCACUGUCGUAUUCGUGCAGGGAUGCUGGCUUUGUGGUUCAGAUCGCCUUGUUCUGCUCUUCCAGAUAGUUUGCUCUAUCAGUGCCAAAAGGUGAUGGAAGAAUCCUAAUAAUAAUAGUGCCUGCCUUAAUCUCUUGGUGUAUGAAAAUCAAAUGGAAGAUUUACACAGCUGCACGAUAAUUACCAAAGCUAAAUUAAGAUACUGAUUCUAAGAAGUAUAAAAGGUUUCUUGAACUGACGUAUGUCRUGUGGACUUGUGGAGACAAAUGAUGAUGUAAAGUAUGCCUGGAAAACCAUGCUCAGGAUUGUACAGUCACUGACAAGUCAUCUGCUAAAGUAUUGUUACCUGUUUAAGUGAAAUGUAUAUUUCUUACUUUUGUUGUAAAUGACUGAAAGUAUUUAUUUUUAUUAUAGAACUUUUAUAGAUGCCAACAGUCAUUCCUCAUAGAAACUGUAUAAUAUCAUUUUAAGGAAAACRUAUCUUUGUUAUGAGAUUCAGACUUGAACAUUUAUCAGGAUCUUCUCACUUUAUUUUAACAGUUUUUCUAAAGCUKUAUUUUAAACACUGCUAGCAACAAGACGUGUAUCAGUUGUUGUAUGAAGUACCUUAUAUGCGAACAAAUGUGUGAUGUGAAGAUAAUUAAAAUAUUACAGUGCGUAAUACAUUUCCCAUGAUCUCUGGCAUCACCAUGUAGGUAUUGAGUGGUAAUAGCUAGGGUCCUGGUGGAAGGCAGACUGUAAAGAGGAGGUUGUUCCCAAGUGCUUCAUGGGGACGAUCACCCAGGACUCUUCGAGUUGGUUCCURUCUGCACGGAUUCCUUCCUGCCUCUCGUUCAUCCUGUUGCCUUUGCCAAGGGGUCUGCAACAGCUACUGAGUCUCAGUGCAUGUUCUAAAGACGAGUUUCACGUGAGUAGAGCCUGAGAUGGCUGAGCUGGGUAGUUGGGUGCCACUGAGUGGGCACAUUCAGAGUACUCAGCCUUAAUCCUGUAUGCUUWAUUUGGAUAAUAUCCCUAUCCAUGAAAUACAGUUUCUAGGGAGGAAACUGCUGUUUUUYCCCUAAAUCUAAUUCUUUAGUAGUUCACUUAUAAGACUGUGCAAACCUUUGACUGGUUGGGAUUUGGCUGUAUUGUGGGUGUGUGGCUAGGAACUGUUGUAAGGCAUAAAGAUCUAAAUCAGUGCGGUGUGAAUGCUGAAUGUGUCUGGAUAUACCUCACAAGCUCAAAAACCUAGUCAUUUUAAUUUAUUUAGACAUCACAUGAAAUAGUAUUUUUCUAAUACUAUUUGCCAUUAUUUAUAACUGGCUAUGUUUUGUUAUUUAUAAACUUAAGACUGCACAAAUAUUUCUCAUAGGUAUUGUAUAAAUAGAAUCUG